AUGCUUACCUCAGAUAUCGACAAAAUCAAUUCGACCGCCAGAGCACCGACCGAUCAACCGAACUCUCAAUAUCCAUGUCGUGAAUGCAAUAAAGUAUUUAAUAGACAAGAGCGAUUGGCGUCACACAUGGCGUCCCAUCGGCCCCAUCGCUGUACAAUCACUAACUGUGGAAAAGAGUUUAAAUUUAAAGCACAUUUGGCCCGACAUUGCGCUACUUCUCAUGGAUUAGCGAUGAGAUCUGGAAGUCCCCGACCAAUCAUGAAGACUAGGGCCGCCUUUUAUUUGUGCGCAACUCUGGCCGCACGUGUGGCCCGACGUCUUUGCUCAAAGGUCUUGAGACCACGACACGCGACACGCAAUCCGUUUUUGCCCAUUAAUAUCAAUGCCAUUCGUAUCGAAUGUGCGACAAAGUUUGCGAAUGGCAUUCCACCCAUGCCUAAGACAAAGCCCAUCGAAAGGGGAAAUGUUCGCACCAUUUCCCAUAGAUUGGGAACUCCAGAAAUGAUUACGCCUACUUGGCUUAUAUCAACUCCAAAGGAUCAAUUGCCACAACCAGAGAGACUGGCAUUUCCACCGCCGCCCAGAGGAGAAGACGGUCAAUUAGUAUUACCGCGAAUCGUAGCGCCGCCGCCGUCGUCAACACCUGAAGAAUCAAUUAAGACUCAGUGGGGAAUCAAUAACUUGUCUCCCAUUAUGUUAAAAAGGCGAACGUACGAACAAAACGGGUCUCCGGUGCCGCUGAAGAGACGCCAAUUAGCGCCGCCCAGUAUUCUUGGCAAAGCUGUUCCCGAUUUUUACGGAAUGACAAACAGAAAUACAAUCAUCACUCCAAUGAACGGAAGAGCAAAAGUGGCAACAAUUACGAGAGUUGGCGGACGUAAGCAAAUGAUAAGUUGGGUCGACGCUCCCGACGACGUCUACUUCGUGGCCACUGACUCGACCCGUAAACUUCGUCGACAACUAAUCCCGGGAGAGUUGAAACGCGCGGCCCGUAGACCGUGGAGGAGAUGCGGGAAAGCCUUAAGUGUGUCGAACUCUAACUCAAAUAACACGACCAAUAAUACGACUAAUAAUAAUACCAAUAACUCGAACUCAAUCAACUUAGAUGAUCUCUUCCCGUUUGGUGACCAAAAUGAUGACCAAAAGCUUACAGCGGAUGCCGACGACGUCUCGUCACCGGAAUUUCAGUUAUCAGUUAACGACAACGGAAUCAUAUCAUUCUUGACUGAAGUGCCCUCGUUCUUCAAUUCCCAGUUCCCGCUCUCUUAUCCCAUAAUAGCUGUCAUGUAUUCAGAUGUGGACAUAAGAGGGAACGGAUCGACUAAUACGGCUCAAGUGGUGAUCGCGACGAACGGUAACGAAAGUUAUGCCUACUUUCUAUACCCCGUGAAUGGGAUUCAAUGGAUCCAAGGAGACGGCAAAAUCAGUAAUUUACCCGAUGCUCGCACUCAGUCAGGCUUUAUGUCUGGCGACGGACGCGUCUAUACACUCNCGACGAACGGUAACGAAAGUUAUGCCUACUUUCUAUACCCCGUGAAUGGGAUUCAAUGGAUCCAAGGAGACGGCAAAAUCAGUAAUUUACCCGAUGCUCGCACUCAGUCAGGCUUUAUGUCUGGCGACGGACGCGUCUAUACACUCAGGGGCUCCGGAACCGAACAGAUCCGCAAUUUCGAUAGAAUGUCAAAUGUAUUUCGUGCCGGGCUUUGGCUCUUUCAGAUCGGAGAUCUCGGAACCGGUAAUAUUGUUGAGCCCGAUGUGGACGGCGGGUCAAGGCUUCAAAAGCCCGAACUGGACACGUGUGCGACCGCACAACUUCCCUGUCCACCGAACGCAAAGUGCAUUGACUACGCAAAUGGGUUUUGUUGUCUCUGCGCUGAAGACCACUUUGGAAACGGAAGGCAGUGUUUGGCCAAUAGAGACGGCAAAAUCAGUAAUUUACCCGAUGCUCGCACUCAGUCAGGCUUUAUGUCUGGCGACGGACGCGUCUAUACACUCCGGGGCUCCGGAACCGAACAGAUCCGCAAUUUCGAUAGAAUGUCAAAUGUAUUUCGUGCCGGGCUUUGGCUCUUCCAGAUCGGAGAUCUCGGAACCGGUAAUAUUGUUGAGCCCGAUGUGGACGGCGGGGCAAGGCUUCAAAAGCCUGAUCUGGACACAUGUGCGACCGCACAACUUCCCUGUCCGCCAAACGCAAAGUGCAUUGAUUACGCAAAACCCAAAACAACAGAGACGCGACUUCUGGUGAAACCUUUGCCUUCCGUCACAAACCGCUCUCAUUUGGGAAUACAAUUACCAUUCCUUUCAGACACACCUUUGCGUCUCAACGGGAAAGUGAACGCAAAAAUCAAUGACAUUAUCAUCGAUGGCAUCGAUUUGCACGCAUAUAUUGUGGCAGAUGAGGGCCGAACCUAUACAGGCGGAAUAUUUAACAGAUCAGCAGAAGUGGACUUUCCACAGACGGGUCAUCGUAUUUAUAUAACUGAGCAAUUUCUAGGACCAGAUGUUUUUAAUUUUCUUAAAGUUAAUUUACAAAUCCGGGGUUCUAUGCCAUCGGUUCCCUCGAUGUCCAAAGUACUGGUCGACGACUUCUUGGAAGAGUUUACUCGAGUGUCUGCGGGAGUGAUCCGUUCGCACGCAACCCAUUCGUUCAGAUUUGGCGAAACCUCGUUAAGCAUUCCUAUAGUUAUCGACCAAACAAUUACUUACGAAGAAUGCGAAUUCGCGCCCAUCGAUGACAAACUCUCUACACUUCAGUUAGCAAUCGCUCGUAAUUUCAUUGUUUAUGAUAAGGAGGAACAGAUUGUGAGAUAUGCGUCGACCAGUAAAACAUCCUUCUUAUCCGCUGACGACCCGUGCCGUACGGGUAGUACACAAUGCGGUACUCAUAGCAGUUGUGUAGUCGAGGGCUUAAGUUUUAAAUGCAUUUGCGAUCGCGGAUAUCAAACUGAUUUCAUAACUGAUGCUCAAAACGAACUCAGAGUAUCCAAUUGUAUUGAUAUAAACGAAUGCAGUUCUUCGAGACAACACGCGUGCCAUUCAUUUGCUGAUUGUAUUAAUAUCGAGGGCUCGUAUGCGUGUCGAUGCAAAGCCGGCUAUACUGGCGAUGGAUAUCAGUGCCAGAACGGAUAUGUGGGCGACGGACAGGUGUGCAGGAGAAGCGACAGAAUAGAGUCAGAGACAGAGGACUGUCGCACUUAUAACUUAUGUGAUGUAAACGCCGAGUGUUUGGCAAAUCCGUCGACACAACGACACCAAUGCUUCUGUAGAGCGGGU